CGAGGCCCGGCCUCAUUGGCAUGCAGCCGGCGGCAGGCGAGCAAGCAAGUGUUGAUUGGUCGCUGGAGUUGGCCGAGCAAGACUUCAAAGGGGAGCUUGACGCCGUGUAACGCAUCUUUCUCUCCUCUCCAUCAUCCCAGUCCUCUCUCCAUCCCCAAUCCUCACGGUUCCAUCUCCUCCUUCUCGGCCGAGCACUAACUCAAGACACUCUUUACUAGAUCUCAACCCCACUCUACAAUCUCUCAUCAUGAUUGCUGGCAAGCUCCUUCUUCCCCUCCUCGCCCUCGCCUCGGCGGCUGUGGCUGACAAGCCCACCUUCUCUGUCAACAAUCUCCCCGACAAGUGGGAGAAGGGACAGGUCGGCACCAACCAGUGCAAGAAGUACGGUGCUUCGAGCCCCAAGUCGAUGUGCCAGAACGUCUUCAUCAACUCGGUCGAUGACUUCUGCCUCUGGGCCCCCUUCGAAGGCCAAGGCACCGUCGGUGCUCAAGAGGAGCGCCACAUCUCCUACUGCCUCAAGUCCGGCUACGGCACCCGCCUCAUCCCCAAGGGCGCCGUCAAGCGAGCUCACUUUGUCAGGACGUCUGACUUCCUCCAGGUCACGGGCUCCGGUGACUUUACCUCCAUGCAUAUCAAGAAGGGCGACGAGGGUGGAGAGCUCGACCCGCACGGCGCGACGGGAGCAGGCAAUCCGCCGGGUGGGUUGGUAUACACACGCUCCGGCAACGGGUGGACGCAGCUGAAGGAGUGGUCGUCGUUCAUGAGCGCUACCGAGUUCUCGAUCCGCGCCUGCUUCCCGGGCAAGCCCAAUGCAACCAAGUACUGCCCUCACAUCUACGACGUCAUGGGCGCAAACUGGAACCACCCUGGCAACUACGGCGGCGGCUUCUCCAACUGCGACGCCGACUCUGGCCACUUCCCCGGCGUCUUCAAGGGCUCCACCUUCUACCAGGGCCAGAAGCACACCCCUUCGGGACACAAGGCCCCCAAGUCGUCCAACUGCCAGAACGUCGCUUCUCCCGCUGCGGGCGCCAAGGCUCAGCAGACUCCUUACAAGAGGGAGGAGAGGGCACAGCCCUUUGGCGAAGCCCAGUAGGCGCCGCAUCCGCGAUGACAAUCAACAAGCAACGACGACAAAUAAUGCACACUCUUGACGGCUCCCAUUUCGCUUUCACUUCUACAUGUAGCUUUCCAUGCAUUUCAUUACACUAGCACGCUCUCUCUACCUCAUCGAAUGGACAGUAUCUCCCCCCUUUCCCCAGCACACACGAGGCUUCCACGCCCGCCACGCCCGCUUUCUCUCUUGAAUACAAUCUCACUUCACUCCAC